AUGCUGACCGCAGAUAACCUCGCGAUCAUCACCGAGGGCGACGACCGAGGCGGCGGCGGCGAAGGAGGGCCAGGGUCAGACGACGACAGCGAGGGCGAGUGGGAGGAGUACGACGAGGACGGCGACGACGGCGAAGGCGACGGCGAAGGCGGCGCGGCGUUCGGCGAGGAAUGGCGGCAGAACAUCCGACGCAAGGGCGAGACCCCGGAGGAGAAGAGAGCGAGGAAAGCGGCCGUGAAAGCGGGGCGGCGCGACGCGCGCGCGGCGAAGAAGGGACUGAAGCAGACGUUCAAGCAGGAAGAGCGCGAGAUGGGGAAGAAACAAGGCGCCGGGGACGUGCGCGCCGGUCUCUCGGUCCGACCUCUCGCGUGA